AUGGAUGUUCCUGGCUGGGGUGUUUCUAAAAAUAAACAAACGAGACUCAGCGGUCUAGGCCUGGGUCAAGCUGCUAUAGGUUGGGUUCCAGUGGUUCGACUGGCUUGGGAUCUAGAAGAGCGAACGUCCAGUGGAAGUGAAAUUAACGCUGGUGGUGUGCUUGAGGCUUUGUUCAUGUCUGAGACUGAGUUAAUUUUGAUGUCCGACGUACGUCUCGCCUCCAGCCUUCACGUCACACAGUCUGCUCCCAGCGAACUUCUAUGGUCAACAUAG